CUGUCACAGCCAUAGUUCUACAAGAUGCCAACUCAAAUCAAGGCAUGUCUUUUUGACAUGGACGGUACCAUCAUCAAUACCGAAGACCUCUACACCUAUUGUAACACCGAGCUCUUGUCCAGAUAUGGCAAGGGCCCUUUGACCUGGGAUGUCAAGAUGAAGGUCCAAGGAAGACCUGCCAGAGAUGCCCAUCAGAUCAUGAUCGACACUUACCAAGUGCCACUUACCCUCGAACAAUACGCUGCUAUAUCCACCGACAUCCAGGAGAGCUUGUGGAACAAAGCAAAGUUUUUGCCUGGAGCAUUGGAAUUGAUCCAGCACUUGCACCAAAUCAAUUUCCCAAUUGCACUUGGAACCAGUUCCUACAAGGGUAGUUACGACCGCAAAACUAAGCACUUGAGCCAUGGAUUCGAUCUUUUUGGAAAACACAUUGUGACGGGCGAUGACCCAAGGAUCCCCAAGGGAAGGGGAAAACCAUGCCCAGACAUCUGGCUUGCAUGCUUAGACAGCUUGAACAAAGACAGAAGGGAGCAGGGAUUAGAGGAAAUAAAAAUCGAAGAGUGCUUGGUUUUCGAGGAUGGUGUCAUUGGUGUCGAAUCCGGCAUUGCUGCCAAUGCCCCUGUGGUCUGGAUCCCUCACCCUGAAAUGGUUCCGUUCUUGGAGGGUAAGGAGCAGGAAAUCGUUGGUGUCAAUGGGGAAGUUUUGAAGAGCUUAGCCGAUUUUGACAAGGAAAAAUGGCUUGGCAUCAAGUGAGAGUGCUUACGAUACUCUUUUUCUAGACGUAGCAUACAUAUUA